AAAAGAAAAAAAAAAGCAUGAACGGGAGGCGAGGGGAUGCUCAGCGAGUCGAGAAAUGGGAGCGGGUUGUUGGCAGGGAUCAGAGAUUACAUUCAUGUUAUAUACUUAGCGGACGGUCAUGUCGUUGCUCUUCAGAAGCUUUUUACUGCAGAGAAUAUCGGAGGAGGUUGCAAAAGAGUUUGGUAUACCAGUGCAAUUUCAGCGCUUCUGUAUUUGGGCUAAGAGACAAAACCACACAAUCAACCCAAUCGACCGUUGACACUUCAGGAAGAACCACAAUCAGUAUGUACUUCAGGAAGAACCACAAUAAAAAUUCUGGAACAUGAAGAGA